AUGGAUACUGUCAAAGAGAACAGUCUUUUGACGAGGUUUACAAGGAUACGCAAGAAACCACAGCAGCCUUUGACAGACUUAACAGAACUGUACAGUCGCUUAGCUAACGAGUCUAUCUAUUAUCUAAAGCUAGAGGAGAAGCAAGAGUAUCGCAAGGCGGUUUUAGGCUGGAAAGCACUGAACACGCAUGUACUAUAUGAGCUUACGCAAAUCGAGCAUCAAUAUCCAAACUCACAGAAUUACACGAAAGAUGAACUCAGCAUCCAGAACGGUGUACGAGACCUGUUUCAUAGAAGCUUGCAGCAUCUGGAGCGGGCUUCCAAACUACUACAAGACAGCGAAUCAGGCACCGAUGCAAUAAUGAAACAGGAAACGACAUUCGCAAGAAGGCCGGUUCCCCCAGCAGGAAACUCAAGGUCUAUGCUCAAGACACUGAGGGAUCCUAAGUUGCAGUACAACAGAAACCAUACGGCGUCAGCGCCCAGUAUUACUACCAACUCCAGCAGGAGUAAUAGCAACAAUGAGAAAAUAAAUUUCACCACUUCAAAACCGUUAAAACACAAUAAUGCAUUUCAGGGAUUUGACGAAGUGCAAAAUCUUAUAGAUUUCUCCGAUAAUGAUGGCGAAAGUGUCGAAAGCGCUCCUCGGCUUGAAGAGGAUGCUAAAAGUGAUCAAACUUUCGAGUUUGACGUCCAAGACUAUUUUGACGAUUACCUAGACAUGGAUCAAGAAGAACUCAAACGACUAGAAGCUUUCAACAGUUUGGAGGGUGUCCAAAAGAAUAUGCAUACCUUGUCAAUGAACACAGAAUCUCUAAACCCGAAAGGAAAAGAGCCCCAUUUGAAAAUAACACAAUCUACGCCUGCAUUAAGCCAAGAAAAUCCCACUUUGAGAUAUGCUAAACCAUCUACACCGAAACCUUCACCGAAGAUAAUUUCAAAGGCGACGCCGAGAAUGGCUGCCAAACCGACAACACAGCCGAUCGCGCCCAGAAAACUUCAAAAGAAACCAGUUUCAGAACCUACAACCAAGUCUCGUCCCAUAGGACGCCCAUCUCAAUCUGCUUCGGAGAUUCGUAGUAGGGUCGCAUCACCACCUUCUAAAGAACCCCCAAUCGUUAACAAAAGGGUGAUAAGAACCACUAAACCUAUCGUAAGAACGAAAACGCCUGAAAGCAAAGUCAAUAAUGGCGAAGGAAAAAAACCUCAAUUACCUAGAGUUAACGGUUCUAGUAAAUCUUCAAAGCAAGCGGGAACUGCUGAUGUGCCACGAAAGAAAGUAUUGAAGCCCACAGUACCUUCCAGUGACAAACCUGAAGAAGAUAACUCGGUUGAGGAAACCAAGCCUAUUGAUGAGAAGUCUCUUAAGGAAGCUCUUGAAGAUGACAUAAUCGAUCAACUCCGAGGAGUAGACAAGACCGCUGCCAAACAGAUUUUUUCUGAGAUCGUGGUUCGCGGUGAUCAAGUGCACUGGGAAGAUAUCGCUGGCCUUGAGGCGGCUAAGAAUUCACUGAAAGAGGCAGUAGUAUAUCCGUUUUUGAGACCUGACUUGUUUAGGGGUCUCCGGGAACCAGUGAGAGGUAUGUUGCUCUUUGGGCCACCAGGCACUGGUAAGACGAUGCUUGCGAGAGCGGUUGCUACAGAAUCUAACUCUACUUUUUUUUCGAUUAGUGCGUCGAGUUUAACGUCGAAAUAUUUGGGUGAAAGUGAAAAAUUGGUGAGAGCAUUGUUUGCUAUUGCCAAAAAGCUUUCUCCAUCAAUAAUUUUCGUAGACGAGAUUGACUCUCUUAUGGGAAGCAGGAAUAAUGACGGAGAGAACGAAUCGAGCCGUAGAAUCAAAAACGAGUUUUUGGUACAGUGGUCAUCUCUGUCAAGUGCAGCGGCGGGAAAUAAGAGCAGCUCUGGGGAGAACGGAACUGACGAUGACAACGAGGAAGACGAACGUGUUUUAGUACUGGCUGCCACGAAUCUUCCGUGGAGUAUCGACGAGGCUGCCCGCAGACGGUUCGUGCGAAGACAAUACAUCCCACUCCCGGAAACCGAGACUCGCAGAAAACAGCUCACCAAGCUGCUGGCACACCAGACCCACACCCUGACCGAGGAAGAUUUUUCGGCGCUACUGGAUCUUACGAACGGGUAUUCUGGAAGUGACAUCACGUCGCUGGCGAAAGACGCAGCUAUGGGACCGCUUCGAGAACUGGGCGAUAAGCUGCUAUUCACACCGCGGGACCAGAUACGCGCCAUCACGCUACAAGAUGUGAAAAACAGUUUGAGCUACAUCAAGCCCUCCGUUUCCAGCGAAGGUCUCGAACAGUACGAAGACUGGGCCAACAAAUUCGGGUCCUCCGGGGUGUAG